AUGCAUGUGAAGGAGGAUACAAAACAUUGCGCUACAUGUCUCAGAUGCGUUGAUAGAUUCGAUCAUCAUUGCAAAUGGUUAAACAACUGUGUUGGAAGAAAAAAUUAUAAGAUUUUUAUAUGUUUGCUGCCAGUUGUAAGCUUGACACUUGUCGAUUUGAUAAUUUUUAAACUUAUAGUUAUUGUCAAUGGAUUUUUAUAUGGAGUUGGAAUUGACCAGAAUCUUGAAAAUUUAAUUUUGGCUGUGCUUGUUUUAUUUUUAAUUAUAGAUACAUUGGGGCUUAUUGGAAUUAUUUAUCUACAAAUGCUUCAUUUUUGACUUUGAGUAAAUGGAAUGACUACAUAUGAGUUUAUCGUUAAAAAAAAGAAAGCGAAAAAGAUUCAAAAAGUGAAACCGAAAUCUUUGACAUCUGAAAACAGCUUAAAUGAUUAUGAGUCUGCAAGAAGCCAUCAUAAAGAAUCCAAUAUCCCUGAAUUGGAAUUUCUUUAUUUACAACAUCAAAAGAAAAAUCAAACUUUUCAAGAAGGCGGUAACGACACAAGUUAUAUCGAAAUCAAGCCACCGAUGAGCACACGAUAUAGUGCUGGAAAAGGCUUUCACAUCCAAGACCCAGACUUAAAUGAUACCAUAAAUUAA